CUUCACAGAAACAUAAGUGGAAGGAUUGCAUUAUCUCAACAGGGCGAUUGAUCAACGAACAUUAAGACUUUGCUUAUCAGAACAGAAACUUCGCAUUAAAAUGUUCAAGUUGUUUACCUCUAGCUUUGGCUUCCCGCAUCCGGGGAUCUAUUCUUUCAUGAUUUCACAGAUCAAUCAUGAAAAAAGUCAAAGGCAGACAAAGAGCUUCAAUACCAGACUUCAUCAAUAGUCGCAUGGCCAAAAAAACAUUGUCUCAUACUUGGAAUUACGAAAACUCGACAGCUCCUAUUUCUUCUCCUGAACAAUCUCUACUUGCAAAUAUCAAGAUGCCUCUGCCGGGAGAGUAUAUGGACCAGACAGCUCGCGUGGCUAACGCUCAAGUAGAAUGGAAUGAGUACUUAAAGACAAGAAGAAGUAGACUGAAAUUCAUCACCGAAAAAGCCAUCAACGACGAUGGCUUCGACUAUAUUAUUGAAGGACAAGAUUAUGCCACGAGGGAGGCAGAAUUGGAGAAAAAUUUGAUUUUCUCUGGUAAAGGUUCACACACACAAAAAGCAAAAAGCUAUAUGUUAUCAAGUAAAGAAUCUUGGUUUUCCGGCAAAGACAUGCUUGGCCGGGAGUCUCCAAGAGAUACUAUAGGACUAUUGGGACUACUAGCCGCCGCCAAUGUUGGCGAUAAAUUCAUAGAGCGUUAUUUUGAUGAUUUAACGACCAACAAUGGCGCAUGGCUCCAUAGAAGUCGAUUUGAAGGCCACAAAGCGGAUUAUCCUCUGUGGACAGCGCAAAACGACGAAACCUCAUUGAAGCUUAAACAAUUUCAUGCCAUGGUGGAUGCGCUCGCGAAGAAUCCAGAUUCGCCGAGACUCUGGAAGCAUCUCAAUGCAAUGUUUCGUCUCAGUGGUCAUUUGAUGAAAAUUCUGAGAUUCAUCGAUGAGCAAAAUGCUCACCUGGAGGGCCAACCAGCAUUGCCGGAUGGCUCGAAUAUAAGUGAACCUCGACUAAGGGCAGCCUGGGCACUACAUAGGGCAUGGGUAAGAUUGCUUCACUUUCGGUCGUUAAGUUUGGGAUCGCUGCCUCGUGGAGUAGACCAGCUUAAAAACAUUCUCGUUAUUGCUAGAGCACAAUUGGAGGAGGAGAUCCGUGGCGCCCCUUCUGAUACCAGAAACGUUCUUGAAGAUCUGGUACAGUUCGAAACUACAUUGGGGACUUUGACACUAUUCUUGAAAGCACUAGCAACUGAAUGUGGCGAGUAUGCUGUUCCAAAACCAGGGGCGCAAAGACCCUAUACUGUGUCAGAUUUCAGUAUAGAUGCUGAUCGUGUAGGCGCGUCGUGGAGUCAGGUAAGUAUCGUAAUUACUUCCCAGUAAUAAUGAAUGGCACUGACCGAAAACUAAAUAGAUCACCCAGGUCUUAAGAGGGGAUCUACUAGGCAAAGUUGUUAAUCCACUUUCGCAUAUGCUCUUGUGGUCACAAUUACUUGAUCGUGCUGCCGACUUCGAGGACAAGAACAAUAGGUACUAUGUCGAAGAUCAUCUUAUCGAUAAUCGUAUCCUCGCUGAAGACGAAUACUGGGAGUUGACGAAAAUGUUAUCUCAAAGGGGUUACGAUCCUGAUGUUAUAAAAUCUCGUCUUCCCGAUGCUGUACAAGAACGAUAUGUGAGGGCACUAGCGAGAAAGGUCUCGCAGGUUAAUGUAAACAGGCGUGACUUUCUACUCUUACGAGAUUGGUCCAAGAAACGACCUUGGUAAGUUACAUCGCAGCCCCUCAUAUUUCGUCUUUAAAGGCAACGGCUGAUAUCGAAAGGAAACAACUAUAUUGGGUGUUCGAUACCGUUACAACAGAUUCCUGGCGCGACCUCAUUGACGAUUUUUACAACACUAUUGAAUUACUCAAAUGCGUACCCGCAGAGCUCGAUGACGAACUAGAAGCAUCAAAUAUGAGGGCAAGAAUAGAAGCCGAUCCAGAAUCUGAAGCAAACUUGUUUGCAAACGUUUUCCCCAUCCACCCACUUCCCAGUCAUGAUCCAUGUAAGUACGCUGGUGCUUACUUUGGUAAUUGUGUAUACUGCCUGGAAGACUACACACCGGGAGAGCUGUGGUUACGCUUUUUCUGCGAUCAUAUGGUGCAUUACGAUUGUGGUCGUGACGCAGUAAGUAAUCUUCACAUUUAUCCCCCUAUCUUGAGGAAAAUGGAUAAACGCUAACAUCGCGUUCUAGUGGGAUAACCCAGGAAACCCAGAUUUUAGGUGUCCUCUUUGUAGGCAGACACAGUCAUGGCAGCUCCACCAGGUUGCAGGUAUUAUUCCGGAGGCUCUAGACUUAUGGGAUAAUGUCGACCUUGUGGACGCAGACGAAGUUGCUAUUCACCCUGUUGUUCAAAUGGAGGGUACUCCCGCGGAUGCAGAAGGCUUCAAAGAAUUGUACUGGGAUAGUGAGGCUGCGCAUUUAAAUGCGAGUGAAGCGGUAGGUCUCAAGCUUGAAGAUACGGAAGCGUGAACGAAGGCUAAUCCAAGGAUAGUGGGAUAUUCAUUACUACGGUUUGCCAAGGAGCCUUCACCACGAGAUGGCACAAAUGAGAGAUGCAAGGAGAAAGCGUGUUUUAGCCGCAAGACUUGCGCGAGCUGAGAAAGAGAGAGAAUUUCCCACAUUAGCAGAUUAGUCAGAUCAAGCAAUCUCUUGUCCUCUUCUAUGGCAAUCACGUUUGAUGAUAUGGACGGAAUGUGCCGCUUUUGCUUCCUUUUCCUUGGACUGGUAGACUCAUUGGUCGUAAUAUUCGAUUGCGUGGUACUAUAUAUCACUCAUCUGAAGGAUUGACCCUCGGUGUACAUCUGAUUUAUCAAUGAGUGUCUGAAUGCGGUGCUGUUUCUCUUUCUGUUAGAAACAUACUUGAUUCUUAUCUCCCAGUAAUGCUUAUUGCGUUACUACACUGCAGAUAGCUCUCCUGUGUUUAGGCGAUUGCGCGUGCCUCAAAGUCUUGGUCUAUUCAAGAUUAUUUAUUCUCGAAACAUAGUAUUGGGAUUAGAUAGAUCAAAUCGAAGGUGAAUUUUAAAU